GCUUACGAGUGUGGAUGGGCUUCUUUCCUGGGCAGAAGCGGAGUCUGCACCCUGCGUCUCGAGUCUCCAGGAGCGAUAGUGGUGUGCUCCUUAGUGGAAUAGCUUGUCCUGUCCUUUCUCUUGGGUAUAAAGGCAUUCUACAUUACUGAAAGAAGUCUCUCUUGAUCGAGGAGUGACUUAUGAUGUCAAGAACUGUAUCGUCGUGGAUUUUAAGCUCAGCAAGAAACAGUAUUGUUUUACAAGGAAAAGGACGUUUGUACUCCAGAUGUAUCCCAAAUAGAAACAAGAUAAAAUGGAAGCUUAUUUUCUGCAGAACACGCCUCUUCCCUUCUGGAAGCUGUAGUGUAGAUGAUGCUUUUCCCCUAAGAAAAGCUUUCAGACAUACUUCCACUGAAGAAGAACAAUUCUCUUUUCAGCUGUCUCCAUCACAAAUCAAUGAUGUACUCAGAGCAGGUGAAUUAUCCCAUAAAAUACUGGAUUUGGAUGGUAAAAAUGCUAAUUCUGUGUUGAGAUUUGAAAGUAACCAGUUGGCAUCCAACACCCCGAUUGAAGACCGCAGAAGUGCAGCCACUUGUUUGCAGACCAAAGGGAUGAUGUUCGGGGUAUUUGAUGGUCAUGCAGGUUCUGCAUGUGCUCAGGCAGUAAGUGAGAGACUGCUUCAUUAUAUAGCAGUAUCUCUCAUGUCUCGACAAACCUUGGAAGAGAUUGAGCUUGCUGUGGAGUGCAUGAAACCAGUUUUGCCUAUUCUGCAGUGGCACAAGCAUCCAAAUGAUGUAGAAUAUCAAGAAAUAACUUCACAAUAUUUUGAGAACCUCCGGGUUUAUUGGCAGCAUUUACUGGACCUAGACACUGAGCUAGGAUUUAGUUUAGAAGAAGCCAUGAUAUGUGCAUUCAAAAGGUUAGACUCGGACAUAUCACUAGAAGUUCAGGCUCCCCAGGAAAAUGAAUUGAUGAGAAAUAUUGCCCUUCAAGUAGCUUUCUCUGGCGCAACAGCCUGUGUGGCUCACGUUGAUGGCAUUCACUUGCACGUUGCAAAUGCUGGUGAUUGCAGAGCAGUUCUAGGGGUACAGGAAGAAGAUGGAACAUGGUCUACUCUCCCGUUAACUCGAGACCACAAUGCCUUUGAUGAAUCUGAAAUUAAAAGACUAAAGAGAGAACACCCAAAAUCUGAGGAGAAAACUCUAUUUGUGAAUGACAGAUUACUGGGGAUUCUCAUGCCCUCUAGAGCUUUUGGAGAUGUCCAAUUAAAAUGGAGUAAAGAAUUGCAACACAGUGUUCUGGAGAAUAGCUGUGAUGCUGAGGCUUUAAAUAUUUAUCAGUAUGUUCCUCCAAACUACCAUACACCCCCUUAUUUGACUGCAGAGCCUGAAGUCACAUACCACAAAUUAAGAGGCAAGGAUAAGUUUCUAGUUAUUGCUUCAGAUGGACUGUGGGAGAUGCUAAGUAAUGAGAAGGUUGUAAAACUCGUUGCUGGACACCUUGCAGAGCUUAAUGUGCAGAAACCACAAUUGGCUUUUGAGAAACCAAUUAAUCUGGGUUAUAUGCACAACUUACUGCUUCAGAGGAAAAACAGGGGCAUUGGCUCACUUGAUCAGAACAUAGCUACUCACUUAAUACGGCAUGCAAUUGGAAAUAAUGAGUAUGGGGAGGUGGACCAAGAGAAACUUGCUGCAAUGCUUACACUGCCUGAAGACCUUGCAAGAAUGUACAGAGAUGAUAUCACAGUAACUGUGGUGUAUUUUAAUUCAGAAACAAUUGAAAAUUAUUACAGAAACAAUGAAUAGAGACUUGCAUUACUGCUGUUCUAUACCAUUAGCCAUUUUUGGUACUGGAAACCAUUGCUGUUUGUUUUCCCUGAUAGUCAAGCUGGUACAAGUGUCAUCAUUUGGACGUUCCUGAAACUUUUGGUUACUUACUAGUCUUGAUAAUACAUUUCUAAAAGUCAAUUUGGUGAAAGUUUUGUGGGUUUCCAGGUCUGUGCACACUGAGGAAAAAUGCUUUGCUAAAAGUUCACUGAAAUAUAACCGAACUAAAGAUUGCCAACCCAGGUCUGGUUCCAUGGGAGCAACAGUAAAACUUUCCAAAUGAACAAAUGGGAGACAAAUUUCACUGAGACUGGUACAAUUUGAUAGGCAGAUGGAUAGUAGCUGUAGCUGCCUGGAGUAUAAAAAACAUUCCAGUCUUGUGCAAAAUGAGUAGCCUCCUAUUGAAACACUGUAAUUGAAAUAAAUAAAUAAAUAAACUCCCAAACCA